AUGGCGCCCCGUGACGAUAGACCUGAGGUCAAAUUCUGCGACGCUCCAGGAAUGCCUGACCCCGGCUUCUACUCGCACGCCGUCAGUCUCAACCAAACCAAUCGCUUGGUCUUUACGUCGGGAAUCAUUGCUCAACGACCCGAUGGCAGCUUUCCGGAGUCGUUGGAAGAGCAGGCCAAGGCUGUGUACAACAAUCUCCAGCAAGCACUGGAGAAGUCCUGCGCGUCUCCUCGAGAUGUGAUCAAAGUCACCUUCUAUGCUGUGGACUGGUCCCUGGAGCAAGGCGAGGUGUUAAUCAAAUUGUUUCUUGACUUCAUGACCGAUGAGCAUGGCACCACCCAUCGUCCCAUCACAACUCUCAUUCCGGUCACGAAACUGGCAAUAACAGGCGCCAAACUUGAGAUCGAAGUGGUGGCAGCGGUUGGGGGACACGCCUCGCGUUACGCAGGACCUUCCAUUCGUUCCUUCGAUCGGCCAGUUGCGCCGGCAAAGGUCGACGUGGUGGUUGUGGGGGGUGGCUUCAGUGGGAUUCAAGCAGCGUGGGAUGUUCAAAAGGCGGGUUUGAGCUGUGUGCUUCUGGAAGCAAAGCACCGCAUUGGUGGUCGAAGCCGGUCGCAACAGCUUCAAAGCGGGCCAGGGAUCAUCGAGCUCGGAGCGACUUGGAUCAACAAAAAGACCCAGCCGAAAGUGUAUGCCACAGCCAAACGGCUAGGCUUGGACAUUGUGGAUCAGUAUACCGAGGGGGACGAAGUGUGGCAGUUCCAGGAUGGCACAAUCCUGCGAGCUAGGCCUGGUUCUCCCGAGGCCGAACAGAUGACCCAGUUCAACGUGGCAUUGUGCGAGGUAAUCGACGGUGAAUGCCAGAACAUCGACAUCCGCAGAUUCGACGAGUUCCCUACAGCUCUUGAUGUCUCUAUGGAGACGUGGUCCGAAAGUAAAGGGCUCAGCGAUGAUAUGGGCAAGGCUGCCCUGAAAUUCUUCACGAGCGCUGUCGUCGGCCGCGACCCAGCCGAGAUUGGCAUGCAUUAUUUCCUAGAUUACAUCAAGUCAGGCGGUGGGUUUAUCAGUAUCGCUACUGAGGGCGAAGAUGGUGCGCAGUCACUCAAGAUCAAGCAAGGCACAUCGGCCAUUGCGACUGGUCUCGCAGAUGAAAUGAAGCCCGGAUCCAUCUUCAUCAACAGUCCGGUCGACAAUAUCCACCAAACUGCCGAAGGUGCGCUGGUCCAUACAGCAACUGGGGAUAAAAUAUUCUGCCGGAAAGUGAUUAUUGCCAUCCCGACCAAUACCUAUGGGAUGAUUCACUUCUCGCCCCCCUUACCCCAUGAUAAGAGGGCGCUCGUCUCACGCACAAAGCCGGGCGUAUAUGCAAAGAUGAUCCUCACGUACAGUCGCCCGUGGUGGAAAGAGCUCGGCUUGGUGGGCAAGUUCUCAAGCUUCAGGGGCCCGAUCUGCUUCUCUUGGGAUAUUUCAGACCACACACGGAAACAGUACUCUCUGGCGAUGUUCAUUGCGGGUGAAAUAGCGGCAAAAUGGGCGACCUUGAACGAGCUUCAGCGCAUCGAAGCUGUAAUCGACCAUCUUUCCCAGCUGCUGGGUCCGGAGCAUGCGCAUCUGGCAAAGGACAGCGUCCUCGAGGUCAAUUAUGUCAACUGGCCGGAGGAAGAGUACCUGGGUGGCGCGCCCACGUCCGCAAUGGGACCUGGAAUGCUCUCCAGGUAUGGUGCAGCGCUGCGACAGCCGUUCAAGCACAUUCACUUCGCGGGCGGCGAGACGGCAUUCGAGUGGAAAGGCUAUCUUGAGGGGGCGCUGAGCGCGGGUUCCCGUGCAGCCGACGAGGUCAUUGCAUGGGCAAAGCAGGAGGAUUUGAUCAGAAAAGUUUCAGCAAACCUGUGA